CCAACCUUGAGACAACCUCCUAUACCACCAGGCAUGAGAUGUUAAUACAGACAGAGGCUUGAGACUGUAUGACCCUCUGUUUCAUUAGAAGUGAGCGGAUGCAGAGCCAAAUCAGGGGUAAGGUGUCGUUACUGUCAUUACUCCUCCUUGCGAGUAGCACACCGGUUACCAGUCCCAGGCCAGUCCUUUUUGGUAACUCAUCUCUCGGAGUUCCGAGUCCGCUUCGGAUGCCUACAUGCAAAGGGUUGUCGGAUAGCUUUCUGCAAGAAAAAAGACUUCUCGUCACCGAGCUCCUUUCUCACCCCGACUCUGAAGGAAAUAGCAACUGAGCUCUCUCGUGUUGGAUCUAAACAUGCCGUG